AUGAAUUAUCACUCGUAUCAGCCGUACGGGAAUGGGUCUCGUCCGUUGCCCAGGCCGUCUUCGUCUGGGACGUUAUCUGGUGGUUCUACAUUAGAGCCGGUUAACAAAAGAGCGAGGUUGCAACAGUCACCAAUCCCACCAAUUGUGUAUCCUCCGUCAUCACAGCCCUAUUUGGUUCAACCCUACCAUGUUCAGCAACCUUACGGUGUUCCUAUGAUGCCACAACCUUUUGCGAGGAAUCAAUGCAGCCCAGAACCGUCCUAUCGGGAACCUGUGCAAGCUCCCAAGCAGCAGCAGAAGCCAGUCGAGGACGAACUCGAGGAAGAAGAUGAUGAUGAAAAUGAAGAAGAGGAUGAGGACAAAGGCUUGCUGGACAGUGCUUCGGUCCCUGUGAUUAGCGUGCCAGGGACGUCGAUCACAUUGAAUACCAUGGAGGAUAUAACCAAAUGGAGAGAGGAAAGGAAGAAGAUGUGGUUGUUGAAGAUUUCGAAUAACAAACUAAAGCACAUGCAGGAUAUGGGGAUCCAGGAAGAUGAAUUGAAGGGCCACAGAGGUCCUCUCCAGGAUGCAAAGAAACAAAAACAGUUUUUGCAAAGUAUUCAAAGCCAGGUGAGUCGAAUCAAUCCAAGAUCAACGCUGAGUGUGCGAGUAGCUCAGAGAGAAAUGGCUCGGGAAAAUUCAAAACUGCUGGACUUUAUUGAAAAAUUGGGAGAUAGCAACUUACUCACCUAUGAACUCACUGAAUCAGAGAAAGAAAACUGUUUGGAUCUAACAAUCAAAACGAUAGGAGAGAAAGGAAUAACAAUACUCCAUCAUUUAGAAAGAAUUUCACAAACAAAAAUUACCGUCAUCGUUAACCAUUUUGAAAAGUUCUAG